CGCAAAGCAACGGAGUCUUAAAGUUUUUACCCGUGAAGACGAAGAAUUGCAAAAGACUUUUGAAGAUUUUAAAGAAUUAGGAUUGUUUAUUUAUCCUUUAAAAAAAGGUUUUUGUGUGUAGUUAUUGAAGUAUUUCAAAAUGCCGAAAGAACAAUACAGAGAAACAUAUUUAGGAAGAAAAAUUUCUCAUGUGACUUUCAAUGUGGAUAGUCCUUCAGAAAUUCAGAAGGCUGCUCACAUACAAGUUAUUACAAAGAAUUUAUAUGCACAAGAUGGGCAAAGGGUGCCUGCAGCAUACGGUGUAUUGGAUCGGCGUAUGGGCACUAAUCAAAAAGAUGCUAACUGUGAGACUUGUGGCCUUGGACUGGCAGAAUGUGUGGGCCACUAUGGGUACAUAGAGCUCGCCUUACCAGUAUUUCAUGUAGGCUAUUUCCGAUCCAUCAUUACUAUACUACAAACAAUCUGCAAAGAAUGUGCUAAAGUGAUGUUGCCUGAAAGUAGAAAAAAGAUAUUUCGCCGCAAGUUUAUGAACCCUGAACUAACAUACUUACACAAAAAGAAUUUGCGUGCUGCAGUUCUGAAAAAAUCAAAGACAUGCACAAAGUGUCCGUCCUGCAAUGAAUUGAAUGGCAUCGUAAAGAAGAGUUCUGGAGGGAUUCUGAAGAUUAUCCAUGACAAGUACCGGUCAAAGAAACCAACAGAUCCAUUAGUAAAGAGGGUGCUGAAAGAUUUUUAUGAAGCGAAGGAAUCAAAUAAAGAGCUGGCAACAAUGCUCAACAGCGGGCUUAUUAUUGAAAUGAGCCCAUUAGAGGUUCUAAGUUUAUUUCGACGUAUUCCCGAGGAGGACAUCGCUCUCCUGGGUAUGAACUCAAGGCUCUCACGUCCUGAGGACCUGAUUUUAACGCGGUUACCUGUGCCGCCGCUCUGCAUUAGACCCAGCGUGGCUUCAGAUAUUAAAGCUGGAACAAAUGAAGACGACCUCACGAUGAAACAAUCUGAGAUCCUUUUAAUCAACGACGUGAUCGCAAGGCACAUAGCUAGCGGCGGGAAGUGUGAACUGAUACAAGAAGAUUGGGACUACUUACAGUUGCACGCGGCGCUUUAUAUAAACAGCGAGCUGUCUGGAAUACCGCUGUCCAUGCAGCCAAAGAAACCAGGUCGAGGCCUGGUGCAGCGGUUGAAGGGCAAGCAGGGUCGUUUCCGUGGCAACCUGUCCGGGAAACGGGUGGACUUCUCGAGCAGAACGGUCAUCUCACCCGAUCCCAAUCUUCAAAUUCAGGAAGUGGGCGUGCCGGUGCACGUGGCCAAGACCCUGACGUAUCCGGAGCGCGUGUUCCCCGCGAACCUGCAGUGGCUGCGGCAGCUCGUGCGCAACGGGCCCGACGCACAUCCCGGCGCCAACUACGUGCAGCAGCGAGGGCUCAAGCACAAGAAGUACCUCAAGUACGGCAACCGGGACAAGAUCGCGCAGGAACUCAAGUGUGGAGACAUCGUGGAGCGCCACCUGGUGGACGGCGACGUAGUAUUGUUCAACCGUCAGCCGUCCCUGCACAAGCUCUCCAUCAUGGCGCACAGGGCGAAGGUGCAACCGCAGAGGACUUUCAGGUUCAAUGAAUGUGUAUGCACACCUUAUAAUGCUGACUUCGAUGGUGACGAGAUGAACAUGCAUCUGCCACAGACCGAGGAGGCCCGAGCUGAAGCUCUCAUACUUAUGGGGAACAAAUCUAACCUGGUGACGCCCCGCAACGGCGAGCUGCUGAUAGCGGCGACGCAGGACUUCAUAACCGGCGGGUACCUGCUGACGCAGCGCGACACGUUCCUGACGCGCGCGGAGGCGCAGCAGCUGGCCGCCUGCCUGCUGGCCGGGCCCGACGCCACGCUCACCAUACACAUGCCGCCGCCGGCCAUACUCAAGCCGCGGCUGCUGUGGACGGGCAAACAGAUAUUCAGUUUGAUUAUGAAACCGAAUAAGAAAUGCAAGGUGCGAGCUAAUCUGGAGACCAAAGGAAAGAACUAUACUGGCAACAACGACUUGUGCGUACAGGACUCGUAUGUUAUAAUAAGAAACUCUGAACUGAUUUGCGGUUCUAUGGACAAGAGCACCCUCGGGUCCGGCACCAAGACCAGUAUAUUCUAUAUACUGCUGCGAGACUGGGGAGAGGAGUUCGCCGUUAGAUCUAUGUGGAGGUUGGCUCGUAUGGCGUCCUACUACAUGAUGAAUCGCGGGUUCAGCUUCGGCAUCAUCGACGUAACGCCGGGACGACGGCUCAUAGAAGCUAAGAACAAGUUGCUACAAACCGGGUAUUCUAAAUGCGACGGUUACAUAUUGGAGAUGGAGAAAGGAACGUUACAGUGCCAGCCGGGAUGCUCUAUGGAGGAGACCCUCGAGGCGGUGAUGCUCAGCGAGCUCAGCAGCAUCAGAGAGUUGGCUGCUAAGGCUUGUUUCCGGGAGCUCCACCCCACGAAUGCUCCGCUGAUAAUGGCACAGAGCGGAUCUAAAGGUUCGAACAUCAACAUAUCACAGAUGAUAGCGUGCGUGGGACAACAAGCGCUCAACGGUAAGCGAGUGCCUAACGGGUUCGAAGAUCGCUCGCUGCCACACUUCGAGAGACAUUCCAAAAUCCCUGAGGCUCGUGGCUUCGUGGAGAACAGUUUCUACUCUGGCCUGACACCGACGGAGUUCUUCUUCCACACGAUGGGCGGACGCGAGGGACUCGUCGAUACCGCCGUCAAGACCGCCGAGACUGGAUACUUGCAGAGGAGAUUGGUCAAGUCGCUGGAGGAUCUGGUGCUGCACUACGACAUGACGGUCCGCAACGCGACAGGCGAGGUGGUCCAGUUCCGGUACGGCUCGGACGGGCUCGACCCCAGCUGCAUGGAGGGCAAGGACCGGCCCGUGCACCUGCCGCGAGUGCUCACGCACGUGCAGGCGCUGCAGUCCAACAGGGAUGAGGAGCCGCUAGAUGGUGAUGGCAUCGAGUUGGCAGCCAAGGAGACUUUGGCGUUAGACGACUUCAAGAACUGCACCGAGGAGUUCAAAACGGAAUUAUUAACAUUCCUGAAGGGCGUGGCGGACAAAGUGCGCAAGGUGCGCGCGGCGUACGCGGGCUGCGGCGCGGCCGCCCUGCAGCUGGAGCGGCUCAGUCUCACGCAGCUCGUACAGUUCCUGCGCACCUGCCACGACAAGUACCAGCGCUCCGUCAUAGAGCCGGGCACCGCCGUGGGCGCGCUCGCUGCACAGAGUAUAGGGGAGCCCGGUACCCAGAUGACGUUGAAGACGUUCCACUUCGCGGGCGUGGCGUCCAUGAACAUAACGCAGGGCGUGCCGCGCGUCAAGGAGAUCAUCAACGCCUCCCGCAACAUCUCCACGCCCAUCAUCACCGCCGAGCUGCUGCAGCCGCUCGACCAGGAGUACGCGCGGAGGGUCAAGGGCAGGGUGGAGAAGACCACUUUGGGAGAGAUAACUACGUACAUAGACGAGGUGUAUCUACCGAACGAGUGCUUCCUGUUGAUCAGACUGGACGCCGAGCGGAUCAAGUUGCUCUGCCUCGAGGUCAACGUCCAUUCGGUCGUAUACUCAAUCUGCACUUCGAAGUUGAAAAUCAAGCCGGGCAACGUGCAAGUGGUGUCCGAGUGGGCGAUCAAGGUGUGCGCGGAGGCGGGGCGCGGGGCGUGGCUGAACGUGGCGCUGCAGCAGGCGGCGCGCCAGCUGCCGCACGUGGUGGUGAAGGGGCUGCCGCGCGUGUCGCGCGCCGUCAUCGCCCUCGACGACUCCACGCCCACCACCAGGUACAAGCUGUGCGUGGAGGGCGACGGUUUGCGUGACGUGAUGGCCACAUACGGCGUCGACGGCACGAAGACCACCUCCAACAAUAUACUCGAGGUGUACCAGACGCUGGGCAUCGAGGCGGCCAAGUCGACGAUCAUCAGCGAGAUCCAGGCGGUGAUGGCGGGCCACGGCAUGAGCGUGGACCGGCGGCACGUGGAGCUGCUGGCGGGGCAGAUGACCGCACGCGGGGAGGUGCUCGGCAUCACCAGGUACGGGCUCGCGCGCAUGAAGGAGUCCGUGCUCAACCUGGCCAGCUUCGAGAAGACAGCGGACCACCUGUUCGACGCGGCGUACUACGGUCAGUGCGACCGCAUCGAGGGCGUGUCCGAGUCCAUCAUCCUGGGCGUGCCCGCCGCGCUCGGCACCGGCGUGUUACAGCUGAUGCAUCAACACCCACACACUAAUGUACAACCGCCCACGCAACAGCUGAUCUUCGACAGACCAGAGUUUCACACCUCCAUAUGGGACUGAAUUAAUGCUAACAACUUGUAAAUAAAUAAAUCUGUAUAUAUGGAUA